AUGGAAAAUUUACAAUCCAAACGAAUAUAUUUUGAUGCCGAAGAUCGACCACCACCAUCGUAUUGGCAUGGUGAAACACAAAUGCAACCAACAAAUGAUGAUAAUUUUAGAAUGACACAUGAAAAUGGAAAUUUAUCGUCACAAAUUAAAACUAAAAUAGAUCCUGAAGAAUGGCUAAAAGCGCCCGAAUUUAUUCCUCGAUCUAGGCAAAUUUUGGAUGAAUCUUUUCGCCCUGAUGGGAUGAUAUUUGCAAAUAAUAUGCCAGUUAAUAAUUCGAUUAAUGGGGUUGUUUUGCCGAAUAAUAUUUUGCGACAACAAGCUCAAGCUCAUGUUGUAGCUGCAACUGCAGCUGCAGCUGCAGCUGCAGCUGGUAUACCAUUUUCACCCGUUCGUACUGUUCUUGAUCUACCACAACCGAUGAUGCCUGCACAAAAUAUGGUACCAUUUGCAAUAGGUCAACCAGCACCAUAUUUUAUCCCUACAGCAACUGCUACUGCACCACCACCACCGCCACCACCGCCACCAUCCACUGCAACAAUUAUACGUUUUCCAAUACCACCAAUCAACCAUACUGCUUUAGCUUUGCGUGAUGCACUUGGCAUAGUACCACCUGGUUAUUCCGCCAAUAUUACUCACAUAAAUUGCAAGUGA